UCCUGCAACCUUGUCUAAAAUGGCUGACGGCAAAAGUGGAGGAAGUGUUGCUACAGACAGCAUACCAGUGACCAACAGGGAUGCAGGCAUGAAAAACUUUUCAGAGACUGUUACUGUGACCAGCAGCUCUCAGGGUCCCAGAGAGGAGUACAAGAUGGACCACAAGAGACGAGGCCUUGCACUCAUCUUUAAUCAGGAGAACUUUGAGAGUUUAGAAAGCAGGCCUGGAACCCAGGCUGACCGGGAUAACUUGGAGAAAAGCCUGAAAGAUCUAAACUUUGAAGUGAAGAUUUACAAUGACAAAAAAAAGUCAGAUGUUGAAGAGAAAAUCAGAGAAGCUGCAAAUGCCGACCAUUCAAAUGCAGACGGCUUUGUUCUCGUCUUCCUGAGCCAUGGAGAGAAAGAUCAUCUUUUUACCUAUGAUAAGAAGAUCAGCAUUAAAGACAUCACAUCCCCAUUCAAAGGAGACAAAUGCAAGAGCCUCAUAGGAAAACCAAAAAUCUAUAUAUUACAGGCGAGCCGUGGAGGCAUCGCUGAUGAUCCAGUGGUUUCUCCCUGUGGAGGAGAUGAACCAGAUACUGUGGCAAAUAAGUGUGCCAUAUACACCCUCCCUGCUGGAGCUGAUUUCAUCAUGUGUUACUCUGUGGCUGAAGGUUACAGGGAGGCUGACGGCUCCUGGUAUAUCCAGGCUCUGUGUGAGAUGCUUCAAAAGCACGGCACCUCCCUCGAAUUCACAAAUUUACUCACACUGGUCAACAGGAUGGUGUCAAAGAGAAGUGCUAACUGUAAUAACAAGGAUCUCAAAGGGAAGAAGCAGAUACCUUGCUUUGCCUCAAUGCUCACCAAGCAACUGUACUUAAAACCAAAAAAGUAACAGUUUCACACCUUAAAGGAGACAUAGUUUACCCUUUUAAGACAAGUUUAUAUUGGUCUCAGAGGUCCCCUAAACAUGCCUGUGAAAUUUAUUGCUACAAAACACUCCAGUAUAGGUUUUUUGUACGUCUAAACUUUUAUCCAGAUUUUAGGACCUGACUGGGCUUCAAACCAUCAACCUCCCAGACCGCAGUCAGCAGGA